UCAUAAUCAGUAGAUAUUUGUAUUUUAUCAAUUUCUUAUCCGCUGCUUCUUAUAAGUUUAAACGACGCCGGACCGUUAAAUUAUGCAGAUAGUUUGGUGUGUCAGUUUGUUCUCACCUCUCCGCAAUGUAGGUCAGUUCUAACGAGCCCUAGACCUAUAUACGAUGCACGCGGAAGUUAAAACAACGCCAGUGAAACCUCCGCGAUAAGCGCAGAGCAGGCACUGACCGGCGGCGCGCGUGACGUCACUGCCGAAGAAAGUGGUGGUCGCGGCGCUCGGCGGCCUGCAGCGGCCGGCAGCGGCAGUCCUCGAGACACGCGCGCGCCGCCCGCACGCUCGCGACAUGGCCGAGCGGAACACGCCUUAGACACACUCAAGUUGAAUUAGAAAAAUAAAAUGUCAUUCCGAAGACUCCUGAGCGCGGUCCGGUCAGCGCGGGCGGCCAUCACCCGCGGCGCGCCGAUGGCGGACGGACUCUUGAAAUCUCUGUUAUCAGUUGUUGUUAUAUUUUGUAUCGCGGUGUCGUCGCCGCCUUCGGCUUCUGCCAAGCCCUUCGCGUUUAGUUUCCCAGCAGGCUGGUCGCUUGCAGGCCUGGUCGGGACAGUCGGAGCCAGGUCCGACGACGCGGAGCGCAGGGAGCCGGCGGCGGGGGCGAAGCCCUACACGGGGCGGCGCAUCGCGAACGACACGCUGCGCAUGGUGUACUACCACGACCUCACCGUGGCCGUGGUGGAGCUCGGCCCCAACAAGCUGCUGCUCAACUGCGAACUCAUUGAGACGAACGAUGAGGAGGACACGGGGCGCCUGUUGAGGCAGCUGAGCAGGAUCAACCGCCCGCUGGGGGUCACCUUCCCGCAGAUGAUCAAGCUCAUGGGCCAGUGCCAACAGGUGGAAGGCGUAGAAGCCCAAGAUGAAGACGGCGGUGACUCGCCAGCGAGUGGCGGAUGGCGCGAGACGGGCGCGGCGCGGGCGCGGCUGGACGCGGGCGGGACGCACGCCGGCCUGUUGGGCGGCAGCCCGCUCACGCUGCUGCAGGGGAUCAUACCAGGUACAAAGUGGUGCGGCACAGGCGACAUAGCAACGGACUACCACGACUUGGGCGCGGACAGACGCCUCGACCGCUGCUGCCGAACCCACGACCUGUGCCCCACCAAGGUCCGCGCCUUCUCCAGCCGCUACAACCUGACCAACAACUCGCUCUACAGCAAGUCGCACUGCACCUGUGACGACAUGCUCUUCGACUGCCUCAAGACGACCAACACAUCCGCGUCGCAUCUCAUGGGGCACAUAUACUUCAACAUCGUCCAAGUGCCCUGUCUCGCGGACGUCGCCCUCGGCCGACGGUUUCGUGACGCUAGGCAGGGCUUUUAAUUACAUCUAGUGGAUAAUAGUGGAACUAAACUCAUCAGCGCCAUCUAGUAGUCACGGUAGUGUGUCAUGCGUGCACAGAUUUUUUUUGAUGCUGUAAAUUCUGCAUUUUACAAAUCUUCGUGUUAUUCUCUAAUUAAUGAGAUUGUAAAUAAUGAUUAAAUUUUAAUAAUGUUCUUAUUAUAUUAACAUUAGACAUCAAGCUGUGAUACGUCUGUGCCUUUAAUGUACUAGAGAGUAUUUUUGUUAGAGGAUGGCGCUAUACAAAUAAAAAACAUUGUUUUAUAGGUCCUAAGAUAAUUAUUUAUUUAUUUGUUACGACACACAUGACAAAGUUCAGAUUCUGUAUUGUUAUAACUGGUAACAAUAGUCUAAUAUAUGUUAACAAAGACAAAGAUAUUUUAUGAUAAUAUAGAGAAGUAAAUGUGGAUUAGUUCAUACCAAAUAAACUUAUUUAUUUUAAUUCGUGUA